AUGUUCCUUCGUCCCAACGUCAUUUUGAACGCUGCUUCCAGAGUUGCUACUACUCAACGCACCAACGUGGUCCGCAUGGCCACUCCCUCCAUGCUCCGUAUGUACGCUACUCUUCCCAGAGAAGAUGUUCAAUCUCGUGUUCUUGAUGUUGUAAAGAGUUUUGACAAGGUUGAUGGCAGCAAGGUGACAGCCGAAUCCAACUUUGUCAAGGAUCUUGGUUUAGACAGUUUGGAUACAGUUGAAGUUGUCAUGGCCAUUGAGGAAGAGUUCUCUGUUGAGAUUCCUGACAAGGACGCCGAUGCCAUUCACAGCGUUCAACAAGCCAUUGAUUAUAUCAUCAAGCGUGAUGAUGCUCAUUAA